AUGAAGGUUCUUUCACUUUUGGCCCAGGUUGCUCUGGUCCAGAGUACGCUCUGUCUUGCUGGAUAUACCAAUGAAUCGGAGGUUCCAUACUAUGGCCGAAGUCCAGCUGUUUACCCGUCGCCAAUCGGAAACGGCUCAACGAAUACCGCCUGGGAAGAAGCCUACCAGCGUGCCAAGACCCUAGUGUCUAAACUAACCGUGGAGGAGAAAACUAACCUGACUCGCGGUCAUGACGGCCAAUGCGUGGGGAACAGCGGCGCAGUCCCCCGCCUGUCGAUCCCUUCGCUUUGUUUCUCCGAUGCCCCUGACGGAGUGCGUGGCCAGGAAUUCGUCUCCGCCUUCCCUGCCGGCAUUCACGUGGCUUCCACAUGGGAUCGCUCGCUUCUGUAUCAGUAUGGCUAUGCCCUCGGCGAGGAAUAUCACGACAAAGGGGUCAAUGUGGCCCUGGGACCUGUCGCAGGUCCGUUAGGGAGAUUGGCCCGCGGUGGAAGGAACUGGGAAGGGUUGGGCGCAGACCCAUACCUGGCGGGAGUGGGCAUGGGCGCCAUUACCAAAGGAAUUCAAGAAGCGGGUGUCAUUGCCAAUGCAAAACAUUGGCUGCUGAACGAGGAAGAAUGGAGACGGAAUCCAGGGGAUAUGGGCGAGGCGUUGAGUUCAAAUGUGGAUGAUCGCACAUUGCAUGAGCUGUAUGCGUUCCCUUUCAUGGACUCUCUCAAGGAGGGCAUCCGCAGCGUGAUGUGCUCGUAUCAACGAUCGAAUCACUCUUAUGGAUGCCAGAACUCGAAGCUCCUCAACGGUGUUCUGAAGACUGAGUUAGGAUUCGAAGGGUUUGUCGUCAGUGACUGGGAAGCACAGCAUGCGGGCGUCGCAUCUGCCAAUGCUGGUCUCGACAUCGUCAUGCCUGAUGGUGGCUUUUGGGGCCGGAACCUGACUCGUGCUGUCAACAAUGGUAGUGUCACCGCAGACCGAUUGGACGACAUGGUAACUCGAAUCCUCGCCGCAUGGUAUUUGACCGGACAAGACGAGGGUUUCCCUGCCCCGGGGAUCUACUCGGAGGCCGAGAAGCACGAUCCCAUCGAUGUGCAGCGCGAUCAUGCCGACCUCAUCCAAGAAAUUGGCUCUGCCGGUACCGUGCUGGUCAAGAACGUCAACAGCACGCUCCCUUUCACCAACUCGACUAGGUUUUUGAGCGUUUACGGCUACGACGCGACUGUCAGCGCAUCGCCAUGGGCUAAUCCUUCCCGAUAUGGUGGCGGCUACGAAGUGAACUUCGGGUGGACGACCUUCAACGGCACUCUCUUCACGGGUGGUGGCUCUGGUGGCAGCACUCCGCCGUACGUCGUUAGCCCGUUCCAAGCACUUCAGGAGCGCACCGCUCGUAAUCGCGGGACUCUCCGCUGGGACUUUUACUCCGAGAACCCCACGCCUGCCUACGUGAACAGCGACGCCUGUCUGGUGUUCAUCAACGCGUACGCAUCCGAGGCCUUUGAUCGAACCUCCCUCACGGAUGAAUUCAGCGAUAACCUCGUCAAGAACGUUGCAACUAACUGUAGUAAUACCAUUGUGGUGAUUCAUUCAGCCGGUAUCCGUACCGUUGACGCCUGGAUCAACCAUCCUAACGUAACCGCCGUGCUCUAUGCCGGCCUACCGGGCCAGGAAAGCGGUCACUCACUUGCCGAUAUCCUUUACGGCGGCGUCAAUCCCUCGGGACGUCUACCGUACACUGUGGCCAAGAAUGAGUCCGACUACGGCUCUCUUCUCAACUCCACUAUCUCCUUUGAUGCUUUCCCGGAAGUUAACUUCACCGAGGGUCUAUACAUCGACUACCGCGCUUUUGACCGCAAGGAAAUCACUCCUCGCUUCGAGUUCGGUUUCGGUCUAUCCUACACCACGUUCAAAUAUUCUGACCUUCACGUGAAGUCCACGGGCAAUAGCACAUCAGCUCUUGUGGACCCGAGUAUUGCUGUCGUGCAAGGCGGACAUCCGGAGCUUUGGGAUACAUUGUUCGAGGUAACUGCGUCGAUCACUAACACAGGAGACGUGGCUGGCUCCGAAGUCGCACAACUCUAUGUUGAGAUUCCAAACGCGCCGGUUCGACAGCUUCGAGGGUUUGACAGAGUGCCAUUGAAAGCCGGGGAGACGAAAAAGGUCACUUUCCCGCUAACGCGUCGGGAUCUAAGUAUUUGGGAUGUCGUUGCGCAGCAGUGGAGGCUUCAGGCGGCGGAGUAUAAUGUUUUCGUUGGCGCGAGCAGCCGCAUUUUGCAUUUAAACGGAACUUUGCAGGUCGAGUAA